AUGACGCUAGUGCCCUUCAACGUGCGCCGAGGGCAGGCAGUUUUCAAGAAGCACUGUGCGCAAUGCCACACCUUCAAGGCUGAAGGGCGGGGCAGCGUCCGAGGGCCCAACUUGUUCGGCGUACUGGACAGCCUCUCGGGCACGAAGGUGAAGCAGUGGGGCGGUAGCUACCAGCGCUUGGAGGAGUUCAAGGUGACCUGGACACGGGAGACGCUGUUGCUCUGGCUGCAGCGCCCCGCGGAGGUCGUGCCACAGAGACCGGGCGAUCGGUCUUGCAUGACCUUUCGCGGGAUCGACCACGAGGAGGCACAUUCUUGGCUCCUUUGGACGUCCUUUUGA